AUGCGCCUGCUACAAUACAGAGAGAAAAAAAUAUGCACACGAGUGCCACUGGUGGUCACCUACAACCCUGCUCUUGAGGAAAUACGGAAAAUCAUCAAAGACCUACAACCAAUAUUAACAGAAGAUGAGACUCUGAAAAACAUUUUCCCUGAAACACCCAUUUUGGCCUUCAGACAACCACCAAACCUCCAAAAAAAAUUAAUCAACAGGAGGCUGCCCACUGAUGGUAAGAACGAAGAAAACAGGACCAGUCAAUGCAAAAAACCUCGCUGCAAACUGUGUCAGCACAUAUGCACAGACAACACAGCCACACACAACAAUAA